AUGGGCCUAUCACUGGCGGACAAGUCUGUCCCUAAAGGUGGAGGUGCUGGAGGGGCGCUGGCCCUGGGCCUGACCUGCAAGGAUUGUUUGUACUUCCUGGGGGAACCAGUGGAUUGCAAGGCUAAAGGCUGUCUCAUGGAGGCUCACAGCUGCAUUUCCUUUGCCAUCAGUGGGACUAUCAAUGGGAAGAACGCCACGUACAUGGGCAAGGGCUGUGAGCUGACCUGCGCCAAGUUUCUGCAGGAAAUCCGGAAGGAUGUGGUCGUGGGGUCUGUACUCACGAUCGAAAAGGAUGAUCAUGCGUUUGGCUUGAAGGUCCAUCACGUGGACACCCACUGCUGUAACAAGAGCCUGUGCAAUGGGAUGCCCCACUCUCGGGCCCUGCCCCGGGGGCUUUGGCUCAGCUUGGGGUCUGCCCUCCUCUGGGCCCUGCCAUGA